AUGCUUGUGGCGGCGGUGUUCUAUAUAGUCAAGUUGAUUUGUCGGAUUCCAUUGGAUACCCUACGUGACAGCGGCUGGGUUUUUGCUGCUCCUUCAUCCUCGAACCCAUGGUACCACUUUUAUACACUGUAUGAUUUUUCUGCCGUCAACUGGCCCGCACUUGCCGACACCGUUCCGGCCAUGUUUGCCCUCACCUUUUUCGGUGUUCUCCACGUCCCGAUCAACGUUCCAGCCCUGGGGAUUUCCACUGGUGAAGACAACCUUAAUGUCGACCGGGAGCUCAUCGCUCAUGGGAUCACCAAUGUCCUGUCGGGUUUGGCGGGUAGUAUACAAGUUGUGAUCAUAGUGGUGACUAUGGGAGCCUGGGAUUUCGUGAUUGGCAUUUUUGUGGGGAUCGUCCUUGCCUGCGUCAACUUUGUUGUCCAGACUUCUCGCAAGUCUGCCAUCAGGGCGGUCUAUUCUGGCGAGUUUGCAGGCUCGACAGUCAGACGGCCCCCGGUUCAACAACGAUUCCUGAGAGAUGCAGGACGGCAGACGCUGAUUAUCAAGCUGUCCGGAUUCCUGUUCUUUGGAACGAUCGUCAAGGUUGAGAACACAGUGCGCGGUCUCAUCGAGGACGAAGCAUUCUCAAGGCGUCCCAUUCGCUUCUUGGUCCUGGACUUUUCCCGAGUGAACGGUUUAGACUUUUCGGCCGCUGAAGCGUUGACACGCAUCAACAGGAUCCUCGCCAAGCGAAACGUUCAGGCAAUAAUAUCCGGACUCGACGUUGAGGGAGAUGUCGGGAGGAGCUUGCAAAACGUGGGGCUUUUUGAAGAUGCGAAUCCGGUGCAGAUUUUCGAGGACCUCAAUUCGGCCCUCGAGUUCUGUGAGAACGAGUACCUGAAGAUCUUCUACAAUGGCAAGGAGGCUCUAUCCAAGAGGAUCAACGAACGUGCGCAGUUUGUGGAUGUUCCCACAGGACAAGGCCAAGGCCCAACACUGGCCACGGACACAUUCGGAAACUCCCCUCGACGACAUUACCUUCAGCAACUUGCCCUGAACACGCUGCAGGAGGAUGAGACUGCUGUCAGGAUUCCUCCGAAAUGGAUGACCUAUCGACAACCGCUCCCGCUCCUGUUGCAAAUGUUUCGGGAUAUGACGUCGAAGAACGAGGACUUUUGGUUCCCCGCAUGCUCUUAUUUCACCCGGGAGACCUAUCCGGCGGGCUGCAUCCUGUACCAUGAGGGGGAUCAGCCGACGAAGUUCUACCUGCUCGAGUCGGGCAUGCUCCGGGCAGAAUACGAGAUGCCGCAAGGACGGUAUUCGGAGCUCAUCGUAGCCGGACGGCCCUGCGGGGAGCUGCCGUUUUUCGGAGGGACACCUCGCACGGCGACGGUGAAGGUCGAGCAGGACUGCGUGGCGUGGUGUCUGGGAACGGAGAAGUGGGAAGAACUGAAGGCGCGAGAGCCGGAGAUUGCGCAAGAGCUGCUGAUGGUUACGCUCAAGCUGACGGCGGAGCGGAUGGAUAGCAUCACAUCGCACGUUCUUACGGUGGCCGGUUAG